AUUCAAGACUCAUGAGCUAGGUGCAUGUUAAAGUAAGUUCACUGAUCUGAAUAGUACUAUUUUAAUACAAUUGGAAGGCAAUGUUUUUACAUUUUAUUGCAAGAACAUCAGCUAUUUUUUGUUUGAUCACAUAGUCAAUAACAUUUUCCUGAAGAUCAUGAACUCAUGCCAGUUCGCUCUUUGCAGUUUCUGACAGGUGUAAAGAUGGAAGAUGCUGAGGACGACAUUGCUGUAGUCGGUAUUGGCUGCAAUUUCCCAGGAGGAGAGGGGCUUGACAGUUUCUGGAAGGUUCUAUUGGAGGGGAAGAACUGUACAGUGCCAAUCCCAACUGAGAGAUUUGACUGUUCCCAGUGGUAUGACCCUGAUGACAACAAAGUGGGGAAAUCGCGCACAGCGAAGGCUGCACUUAUUGAUGGGUUCAAUCAGUUUGAUCACAAGUUCUUUGGCAUCACUGAAACGGAAGUGGAACAAAUGGAUCCCCAGCAAAAAUACCUUCUUCAGUGUACGUACAGGGCUCUAGAAAAUGCUGGGAUACCAAUGGAGAAGGCCAGUGGGACCAGGACAGGGGUGUUUUUGGGGCUAAUGAACAGAGAUUAUGAACAAUCUGCUGGAAGUGUCAACCCAAAUAUAAUCAACCACUGCACCGGCACUGGACUAGCUAUGAGUUUAGCAUCCAACCGAGUCUCCUACGUCUUCAACUUCACUGGACCCUCAAUGUCCAUUGACAGUGCCUGCUCUUCAUCCCUUGUUGCACUUCAUUUUGCUUGUCAAGCCAUAAGACAAGGUGAUUGCGAGAUGGCCAUUUGUGGUGGUGUCAGCUGUAUCAUACAACCACGAGUCUUUGUCGCUCUCAGCAAAGCAAAGAUGAUUUCCCCUGAAGGCACAAGCAAACCUUUCUCCAGCAGAGCAGAUGGCUAUGGCAGAGGAGAGGGAUGUGGGGUUAUUCUGCUGAAGCCACUGAAACAAGCUCUCAAAGAAAAUGACCAUGUAUGGGGCAUCAUAAGAAAAACUGCUGUAAACCAAGAUGGCCGCACAGUCACUCCAAUCACCAAGCCAUCCAUGGUCCAGCAAGAGGAGCUGCUCCGCAGAAUCUACUCACAGUCUGACCUGUCAUCUGUCCAGUACAUAGAGGCUCAUGGGACUGGAACUCCAGUGGGGGAUCCCAUAGAAGCAAGCAGCAUCUCCAAAGUCAUUGCCAAAGCCAGACCUCCAGGUUCCGAGACACUCCGCAUCGGCUCUGUGAAAGGCAACAUUGGACACACAGAAUCUGCAGCUGGAGUGGCAGGGCUAAUCAAGGUACUACUAAUGAUGAAGCAUGAAAUCAUUGUCCCUUCACUGUUCUACUCUGAGGAUAGUGCCAGUAUCGAUGCUAAAGCCUUAAAUGUUAAGGUUCCCACUGAAGCAGAAAAGUGGGGAGAUUCUGUUGAAAGGGUUGCAGGGAUAAAUAACUUUGGUUUUGGAGGAACAAAUGCACAUGUUAUUGUCAAGCAACACAAGCAGUCACAGGUUUCUAGAAAGAGUGGUAGAAAAGCACACAAGUAUUUUGUCCUCUCUGCGAGUUCUGAAAAGUCUAUCAGUAUGAUGAUGGAGGACACAAUUCAACAGAUAGACAAAGACAACAAAGUUGAUUUAGAAGCUCUUGCAUACACUUCCGCUUGUAGGAGAAGUCACUUAAAACACAAAUACAAGAAGGCUUUCAGAACGUCCUCUCUGGUUGAUCUAAAAGAUCAACUCAAGUCUGCCCUGAGUAAAACUCCCUACCCCUCAUACUCAGAUCCAAGGUUAAUAUUUGUCUUCUGUGGUAAUGGUGUGACCUACCAAGGCAUGUGCAAGGAGCUCCUGAAACAUGAGCCUGUGUUCAGAGAGAAGAUCAGGGAGGUGGAGAUACUUUUCCAAAUGUUCAAUAACAUGAGCAUCUUAGAGAGACUUGAGAGUGAGUCUGAGAGUAAGGACUUUUCAAAACCAGAAGUUGUCCAGCCCCUCCUCUUUGCCAUUCAGGUUGGCAUUGCCAGUCUCUUCAAGCACUGGGGCAUCAAACCAGAUGCAAUUCUUGGCCACUCRGUUGGAGAGGUUGCUGCUGCCCAUUGCUCUGGUCUCUUGUCCCUUGAGGAUGCAGUGAAGGUGAUCUAUUUCCGCAGUACUCUGCAGAGUAAGGUCACAGGAGGGAAAAUGCUUGUGGUCAGUAACAUGGCCGUGUCAGAGGUCUUGAACCUCCUUCCCCCCUACUUAAAUAAGGUUUGCCUGGCUGCUUCCAACAGCCCACAGUCCUGCACACUUGCAGGUGAUGCUGAUGCUAUAGACAGUCUCCAUCAAAAGCUAAGCAGUUCAGUCAAGAGUAAGAAUCUAUUCCUCCAUGUUCUAGACGUCCCUGCUGCAUACCACAGCCAGAUGAUGGAUCCCAUCCUCUCUCAAAUAGAGGACAGUAUUGGCUCUUUACAGGUGAAUCAUGUUGAUACGAAAGACAAGAAGAAUGUGGUCUUUGUGGAAAUAGGCCCUAGAAGGGCUCUACAAAGGAACAUCCAGGAGACUCUGGGAAAUGACACCAUAGUUAUGUCCUCAGUGCAGCCAGAAAAAGAUCAUGAGACAAUGCUGACCACUGUGUCCAAACUGUUUGAGUCUGGGGUUCAGAUCGACUGGGAUCAAUUCUACAGAGGCUGUGAGGCAUCACCAACACAUUUCCCUGUGUAUCAGUUUGAUUCCACUCAGAGAGAUGUUAUCAUUCCUGCAUCAAAGAUAAAUACAGCAGGUACUCAUCCUGUGCUAACUCAGACAGGAAGUGAGGGCAAUAGCUUUAGCUGUGAUCUGUUUUCUGACUCAGUAUCUUACUUGCAUGAGCAUAAACACAAUGGUGUUGCCAUUGUCCCUGGUGCUUUCUAUACUGAGUUGGGUUUGUCUGCUUUCAUGUUAAGUGCCAAACCAAAAGUGCCACUCAACACACUGCAAAUCAGCAUCAGCUUUCAAAACCCAUUUGUUUUCACCAAAAAUGCACCAGAGAUGAAAGUGCAACUUGAACCAGCAGAAGACGAGACACAUAUUAAGAUACAUUCUUCCUCUUCAACCUAUGCAUCAGGCACAAUAGUGUGCAAGCAAGAAAGACUAGUCGAAGAGCAGAACAUUUCGCUAAGCUCUAUCUACAAAAGGUGCAAGUCAGUGGUGAGCUCUGAGGAGUUUUACAACAUAGGUCAUGGCGGGUUUCAGUACGGCACUGUUUUCCAGAACAAGGGUGAUGUACACUAUGGUGAAGACUUUAAAGAGGCUUUUUCAGUUGUCACAGUUCCAGAGGAAUUGCUGUCUCAGUUGCAUGACUACUGUAUUCACCCUGUAGUUCUAGACUUCCUGAUGCAACUCGCUCCUGUUACAGUAGCACACGGAUUCUCUUCCAGGCCUGGGUUUCCUGCCAAAAUAGGCAGCUUGACAGUCUUUGAACCUCUGCAAAAGGAAAUGAUUGUUUAUGUGAGAGCAAUUGAUGUAGGAGUUGAUCACUUUGAAGUAUGUGGUUGCUUUACAGACAAAGAGGGAAGAAUAUUGGUUGAGCUUAAGCAUGUGAUGAUCAAGUACCUUGGGAGCCAUUCACGUGUUGUUGAGGAAUACUUCUUCCACAAUGACUUCAGGGUUGUCUCUGAGGAUAUCAAGUCCUCUCAGGCACGAAAGGCCUUGGUCUUUUCUGACCAGGUAGGAGUUUCCAAAGCCAUGCAGCCACACUUAAGCUCAAUGUCUAAAUACAUUCCCUUUGCACAUGCUAAGGAGUUCUUAAACCGUGGAUUUCCCACACUUCUGGCAAACCUUAAUAUCUCAGAUAUCAAUAAAAACUUUGAAGAGGUCUUGUUUAUGUGGGGUGAUGAAGAACUCACUUCAGUCAAAACCGAGACUGUUCUGGAGAAUAUAGUAAACUGCUGUGAGAUUUUCCGUCAAAUAGUCCUGGAACUAAGGGCGAGUCAUUUUCCAAACUCCAUCAGAGUAAUUACUUACCGGGCAGCAGAGAACACAGUGGACCGCAUCAGCCCAGGCUUUGUCCUCUCAGGCAUGACUAGAGCAUGUGCUGCAGAAAUGGCAGAUCUUUCCUUCCAGCUGAUUGACAUCAGCUCUGUCUCUACAGAGGACAUCAGAGCUCUGUCUGAGGUCUUAAAGUCAUACCCUUGCAGCAAAUACCAGGAGUUGGUUGUGAAAGAUGGGAUGAUUUUUAAAUCUGAUAUUGUGCAUACUCCCAUGGAAAGCAUUGAGAGCUCUGGGGGAAGUAUGCCCUCUUCAAUGUCCGAGGCAUGUAUCUUUCAGACGGCUGACCCCUACAGAAUGACUAGCUUGUCUGCCAUUAGCUGUGAGGUCAAGAAAAAGGACAUCCAGCAGAAAUCAGUUGAGAUUCAGCUCAGUAAGAUAUCUGUUCAUUCCUCAGACUACUUUCCUGUCAGUGUCUCUGAUCUGCACUUUGGCAAGACAAUUUACUGGAACAAACACACAUCUCAGAACCACCAGCUUUUGGCCCUUGACUUCAGUGGCACUGUCACAGCUGUCGGGAAAGAUGUGAGCAAACUGAAAGUGGGAGACCAUGUUGUCUCUUGCUACCCUGUUCUUGCAUCCUCUGCGAUCAUGAUUCCUGAAGAAGCAUGCUACAAAACAAAGAGGCUCCCAUUUCUAAAGGAGGCUCCAUGUGUGUCCUACUUUGUGCUGGCAUGGGAAAUAUUGUACAAAGCGUUAACUAGAGUCAAAGAACAGAGAAGGUUGGGGAUCAUCUCCUCUGUUCCUGAUUCUGGUCUGCUCAAGGUAUUAGCCCAAACAGCAAACAAAUCAGGAUGGAAUGUCAUUGUAGGGACACAGUGCAAUGGGCUGUUUGUAAAAGCUGAUAAAAUGGAUGCAUUUGUCCUCCUUCCGCCAUUUGACGAAUCUCUGUUGGCAAAAGCAGGCAAUUUCCCUGGUGUUAGACACAUUGUCAUUGUCUGUGAAUCCCAGUCCCAGUGCUUGCUGGCACAGAGCGUUUUCCAAAAUGUGAAGGAUAGUGUUCGAAUGCAAACCCUUCAAAUGUCCAGCAUCAUACAAAGGGGAUCACUCAUUGCCCAGAAGCCACACAUUUAUCGUUGGCUCAAGUCCAUGCAUUUGGACAGGAAGUCAUUUGUUCUGGAACACUCUACCUUUCAAAGGUUGACAUCAGGAAGCAUUGACUUCUUGCCUGUUGAGGAGUCUGAAUCGUAUUUUAGCUCAAAGACCCUGCCUGUUGUGGCACUAGGUAAAGAUGAUUCCAGAGGCACACUGUCCAAAAUUCCUUUGUUGCCUAAACCAAAUCAGCUUUUCCAAAAGAAUUCUAUGUACAUUGUCACAGGUGGCCUCACUGGGCUGGGAUUUGAAACUGUGAAAUUCAUUUCUCAGAAAGGUGGAGAGUACAUUGUCAUACUCUCCAGAAGUAGCCCCACACCUGACAUACAGCAGGAGAUCUGCAAUCUGGAGAAGCAAUACAGUGCCCAUAUCAUAUGUAUGGGAUGUGAUGUCUCUGUUUCUGAGCAUGUGCUCAGAGCGAUUGGUCUCAUUGGCAAGAAGUUUCCCUCUUGUCCAAUCAGAGGAGUGUUCCACAGUGCAGUUGUCCUGCACGAUGGCCUGAUUGAAACCCUUGACAAAUCUCUGUAUGAGAAAGUCCUGAAGCCCAAAGUGAAUGGGGCUUUGAAUCUACACCAUGCCACGAAACACUGCAAAUUGGAUUACUUUGUGUGCUACUCCUCUGUUGCAGCUUUCAUUGGCAAUGUCUCACAAACAAACUAUGCAGCAGCCAAUUCAUUCCUGGACAUAUUCUGUCAUUAUAGACGGAAUAUUGGACUAGCUGGGCAAUCCAUCAACUGGGGGCCUUUGAACCUUGGUCUCUUGCUGAACAAGGAUCAUUUCCAAAGGUUUCUUGAGGCAAAGGGAUUGAUGGUGAUGGAUGUUACAGAGAUUCGCGAAAGUCUGGAACAAUGCCUCCAGCUAAACAAACCUCAACAGGCUAUAUGCAAGUUCAAUUUCAAAAACAUGAAGUACAAUGUCAUGUCUCAAAAUGCCUCAUUGACCAUGCGUAUGACUGCAUUAGUGGAAGAGGCAAUGCAAAAAGCCAAAUUGAAAGAGUCCCGGUCUGGACAUAAUGCUGCUUCCUCCUCCCCAAGUUAUAUCAGAUCUGUACUCAGUGAAACAAUCGGUGUUGACAAGAAUGAGUUGAAUGACGAUUCUCCUCUCUCUGCCUUAGGCAUUGACUCAAUGUUAGCCAUGACUUUGCAGAACCUCAUCUUUCAGGAGAGGGGAGUGAAUGUGCCACUGGUUAAAUUGCUGGACCCAAACAGCACACUGUCGACAUUGAUAUCAAACCUGAUGGAGGGCACUGAGGGUGAAUCCCAGAAUGAUGACCAGAAAGAGGGCAUGAUAGAUGACAUGUUCACAAGACUAUAGAGAUUUCAAAAGCUGAAAAUUGAAAAUAAAGAUGUAGAUAUCAGAUUUUCCCAUUAUAUUUGCAUGUUUGAUCAGAUAACAUUUAGAAACAUUACACAUAUCAUGAAAACAAUACUAGCACAAGACUGCAAUUACCUUUGGCAUGACCUGGUCCUCACAUAACAUUAUAACAAAGGUAAAUAUGUUGUUAAUUAUCACUAAAUGUAAUAAUAUUUGUUGAAGAUGUUAUGCAAUGUUUUGGUAGUAUUAUCAAAUAUAUUUUUCUUUCAAUUUUAGAAUGUGUUUUUUUCAUGUUUAUAAGUUUGGAUCUUGUUGUAUUCUUAUA